AUUGCAGUGUUUAAUUUAGCAUUUGCAGACCUGUUUGGUAGCUCUGCUAUGGUGCCAAAAGUAUUUGACAUCUUUCAGUUUGACCAUCGUUACAUUCCCUAUGAUGACUGUUUUACAUUCAUGUUUUUCUGUUACGCCUGCCUUGCAAUGGAGCCUUUUAAUCUGGUUGCACUUGCCUAUGACAGACUGAUAGCCAUCAUCUUCCCACUGCACUAUCAACUAAUGGUGACAUGUAGGUUCAUGUUUUCUUUGAUUGCCUCUUUCUGGCUCAUUGUCAGUACUUUUCUACUCAUUGCAGUUGUCCCUCUAACAACACUUUCCUAUUGUAAAUCUGUGGUUAUUAAUAGUUAUUUUUGUGACUAUGCCUUGGUGCACAAACUAGCCUGCAAUGAAAAUGCACUCACCUUGUUCACUGGACACUCUGUAUCAGUUCUCAUGCUUUGGCUUCCACUGCUAUUUAUCUUGUCAUGUUAUUCAUAUAUUGGCUAUGCAUUGUCUAAAGUAGCUGCAGUCAAUGAAAGAGUGAAGGCCUUUAAAACCUGCACAUCUCAUCUUUCACUUGUGGCAAUCUAUUUUCUCCCUGUAAUGUUCACAUUUGCUAUGAAUGCAUAUAUCGAUCCAAAUACCAGACUCAUAAACAUGUCUCUGACCGCUGUCUUUCCUCCCAUGUUAAAUCCAAUCAUUUAUGUUCUGCAGACACAAGAAAUCAGAGUAUCUGUGAAAAGGUUAUUAAAAAUCAAAAAGCGAUCCAGAAUCACAGUGAAGAAAGCAAUUUUAAAAUGA